GUAUCAGUAGGAAGGAAGACAGAGAAAGCGAUGGAAAGACAACAACAAAAAAUGGACGGGCCUCCAGUGAUAGAAUUUGAUUAAGGUCAAGCGAUAGAGAGAAAUGGAGAAAGACAGUUGACAGAUUUUGUGUGGCGCCACAGACCAAAACGUACGUUUUUCGAGAUCUGAGUGUGACAGACGAACAGACGGACAUUUCGCACAAACCUUAUAGCAGCUUUUCCCCUUACGGGGGCCGCUAAAAAUCAAGAUAAUAAUAAUAAUGCCAAUUACAUUUGUAAACUUUCUGUGAAGAAAUAAAAUGCUUCAAGAAUAAAACUACUAAGGGGUCUUGGUGUUUGGAGAGGCUCUUUGAUGCCAAGACUAGUACUUGAAGAAAAUACAUAAUGUCAAAAUGUGGGAAGACAUCUUCUGAUAUAAAUGAAUGUGGUACUGAAGGUUUUGUUGAUCCGAAAUUUACAAUUUUGAGAUACAAAGCCAGUAACCAAAGAAAUGUUGAUAGUAUUGUCAGCAAAGUCCAUCCUAGUACUACAACAUAUAAAGAUCAGUACAAUGAUUCUAUUAACGUUUGGCAAAAUAGCUCUGGUGGUUCCAAUGGUCUAAUAACUGCACCUAAAACGUCUCUGCGAGAAAGGAAAGUGAUACCUAGUGCUAUAAUUGAAGCAUCAGAUCUCUCAAAUGGCUUAAUGAAAUUGAAUUUGAGAACCACAACUGCUGAUGGGAAUGUGUCACAGCAUUCUUCGACCAAAGGUCUUUGGCGAACAUUUGAUGUAAAAAAUAAAAACUUUUCUUUUUGUAAACCUGAAAAAUUCAAAGAUAAUAAAUUCAAAAUGUGCAGAGAGCACAGCGAUGUAGAUAUUUUAAGUGACCUGUUCUCGUGGCGACAUUUUCGAUGGAAGCAGCCCAAGAUAACGGUAUGUAUAAUGAACUCUGCAAAAAUGUUUCCCCCUAAAAGAGCAUUAGUAAGUAGAAGUCAAGCCUACGAUAAUGAAAGAAACCGACUAUUAACAUUUGCCAAGUAUCCAAGAAACGCAGAGAAGUCAGCAAUUUCUCUUGCAGCCAACGGUUUUAUUUUUGAAGGUUCUAGCAAGAGAGAUGCGAAAGUAAAAUGUGCAUUUUGUGGGAAAGAACUUCCUGUUUGGAAGUUAAAAAGUACUUGGAAGAACAUCCACAAGAAAAUGUGUCCAAUGAAAGACAACAACAAUAGUCUUAAUAUGCCAAUAAAUUUAAACACAAGCCAUUUAAACUUGCAAACACUCAAUAGGAAUAUUCAGAGAUCUACAAAUAACCGAUCAUUGCCCAGCAAGCAUUUGAUUUAUAUGAGAUCAACUAAUGUUCUUCAGUGGGCUAACAAAUCUUUUGUGACUGCUUCUAGUAUUACAGAAUCAGGUUUAGCGAGACAUAGAAUAACUGGUCGAUGUGUACAAGAAACUGGACAACGUGAAGCUUCAUCAAACCUUGGAUCCGUCGUGGCUACCAAUUUAAACAGUUGUCCUGAAAUCACAUCAAUAGAAGAAAGCCAUAUUCGGGAAAAUGAGGAAAUUAUUAAUGAAGCUAGUUCAAAUAACCAAUACACACUUACUGGCUCCAACUUGCAACAGGAUGACAUUCGGACCAUAGAAGCUAUAAAUUUUGAAACUACUUUUGAACUACCUGAAUUUUUCAACGCUCCAGUAGCCCCAGUUCCAGAAGUACGCACAGCGAAUGCAACUGAUAACAAUAAUGCACCUGUAAGUUUAAGGCAAGAUCUACACACAUCUUUGGAACAUCCGGAAAUCAAUUUACUGACAUUCAACAUAACUUCUGCAAUUCCAGAAAUCAAUUCAUCAACAGCCAACACAAAUUCUGCAAUUCCAGAAAUCAAUGCAUCAACAGCCAACACAACUUCUGCAACUUCAGAAAUCAAUGCACCAACAGCCAACACAACUUCUGCAAUUCCAGAAAUCAAUGCACCAACAGCAAACACAACUUCUGCAAUUUCAGAAAUCAAUGCACCGACAGUCAACACAACUUCUGCGAUUCCAGAAAUCAAUGCAACAACAGCCAACACAACUUCUGCAAUUCCAGAAAUCAAUGCACUGACAGCCAACACAACUUCUGUUUCUGCUGGAAUGAAUACUGCUCCUCCUCCAAACGAAAGACAAAGUCCAGGAACGAUUCCUCAAGCAAGAUCAGGAUCAGGAAGAGAGCCAACCUAUGAAGAACUCGGAAUUAUAACGGAGCGACCAAAACGUCCGGAGUACGCGCUUGCAAUAAAAAGACUGGAGACGUUUGUUUCUUGGCCAAGGGAUCAUCACCUUAGCCCUGAAGAAUUGGUGGACGCUGGAUUCUACUACGCAGGUUAUGGGGACUGCACUAGGUGCUUCUACUGUGGAGGCGGCUUACGCAAUUGGGAAGAAGACGACAAUGUCUGGGUGGAGCAUGCAAGGUGGUUCUCAAAAUGUGCAUUUCUAAGACAAAAAAUGGGCCAGGUGUUUGUCAACACGGUCCAGGGUAUGAACACGGAGUAUGAUAAGAUAACAAUCGCGAUGGUGUUUGACAGACUAGGCGUUCCUUCUUCGACAUUUCAACUUGAUACUCUGAACACUCCUCUAAAGAGAGACGCAGCUGUUCGCUCGGUCACUUCCUUGGGCUAUCAAGAGAACGAUGUUUUAGCAAUAGCUCACAUGAUAAAACAAGAAGGUAACAUUCUUUCGUCCGAUUCAAUAGUACAGCGUUUGGUCCAGGAAGAGAAGAGACCUUUGGAAUCUCAAGCUGUUACACUUUUGUCUUCAGCGGACACAACUCAAGCUUUAGAGUCUAUCCAGAUCUUCAAAGAAAGAAACAACCAACUUCGUCAACAAACGUGCUGCAAAAUCUGUAUGGACAAAGAAGUGGCCGUGGUGUUCCUGCCCUGUGGUCACCUGAUUUCCUGUGCCGAGUGCGCCUCCGCCAUGAGAAAUUGUCCCCUUUGCAGACAAGAUGUCAGAGGGAUCGUAAGAGCUUUCAUGUGUUGAUUGCAACACUCACUGACUCAUCGUGGACUCGUCCAUUCCCACCUCUUGUGAAAUAUCAGUAUUAUCUUUAAGUGUUUAUAGUACUAUAAGACAUUGUAAACGCAUUGAAAAACGUAAAAACAUCAACCUAUUUAACCAGAAUGUAGGCAGAGAAUUGACUGGGUCUAUUAACUUUAAUACAGUUGAAAUUUCUGAAAUGUGUACAUGUAUUUAAACAUAUGCUUUCUCUAUUGUGCAUGACAUUGUAUGUUGUUAACUUCAGAAAGUGAAAGUGACAACAGUGUAUAUUAUGUUUAUAUUUUGUAAAUAGCUUGGGUUUUAGUAUAAAUACUUUAUAUUUAAUUUGGCUAAACAAGUAUAGUAGCUCAAAAUAGAACAUAUAGCAUUCAGCUUACCAACAUCUUUUACAAUGCACAUUUUGAUUUUUAGAUUUAUCUCCCUUAUGCUUUUGAGAAACUUUUAUCCUUGUCCAGACUUGCUGAUGGAUAAUUUCCCUUGAUUACCCACUAAUCGCUUCGUUGUACUCUAAAUGUCAGUUCAGAAAGUUAAAGGCUUUUGGAAGUUUCACUAACAACAGAGUCACAUUAGAUGGAAUCCCAUGACUCGGAGAAAUGAAAUAAACAUACAGACAAGUCUCAAACAUAUUGUAGUAAAGAUUUUUUGUAGGGGACGCAAGUUGCCUCUUAUGGCUCAAAGUCGUAGCUUCAACUUUUUUUUUUAUUACAGAGAAUAAAGAAAAGAUCUGGUCCCCCCUCUCCCCCAUAUCUAAGAGAUAUUAAGUUCACUGUAAAUACUUGUUUCAUGAAAUUAAAAAAAAAAAACUAACAUGGUAACAAACUAUUUACUGUACAUGUUGGAAAGCUUAUCUGUGCGACCCGUGUAUCCCAAACGGUCGAUGAAACAAAAAAUGCAAACGCUGCCGAAACUGUUAAUAACUUUACUACUAAAUGGCUUCUCGUCUCAAUCGACAAGCCAGCGACGACCGCUUAUAAUGCAGUUCUGAUAUUCUUCUUUACGCUGCAGCUCUUGCAUCGUUUUAGAAUGUAGACAAAACAAGUUGAACUGAGCAUUAGUAUUGCUUGAAAAGCAAAACGUUAAUGAAGAAGCUAACGAAUCAGGAUACGAAAUGUAAAGCCGUGUACUGUAGUAAUUCAAAAUCCAAACAUGUUUUUGUUUGGUGUGUCUGUCGACUGCAAAUUCUCGGCAGCACUAACUCUAUACCACGUUUUUCUGCCAGCAGUCUCACCUUCCUCAACUUGCCAUCUCUGAAGUGUUUCUCAGUGUCAGGACUUUGGCGAUUUAAUUAUUGAAUUAUUAACUUGUCUAAGUAUUAAAAAUAAUAAUAAUUUGUAAUGUGUGUAUGUGUUAUAAUUACUUUAUAACUUAUAUUAUUUUUAGGCUCAAGUUCAGCCCGUCAGACACACCCAGCUGUACAUACAAUAAUAAACGAUGUGUAUGAUAAUUUAAAUGCAACUAUAAAUUUAAUCUAAUGAUAUUUAUACAAUGAAAAUGACAUGAUUUAUGAUGAUAAUAAAUGAAUAUAAUUAUAUA